AUGAAGAAGAGAUUCUUUGGUCGAUCUCACCACAAGACGACGGAUGAAUCCCGUUUUACUACAGCCGUUUGGCCUUUAUACGACGUUCAGGUCGACGCACUUCACGAGACCUCCUCCUUUGUUUCGGGUGAAAACGGGCUGAGCUUUCGUCCAUCAAAGGAUGGACAUCAUCAGAGCUGUGUCUCAUCAUAUGAUGGACAAAAGCUCAGCCCGUUUUCACCCGAAACAAAGGAGGUGGUCUCGUGGACUGCGUCGACCUGA